AUGGGGACCUCACGGCUCUUCUUCAGGUUUCUAAGGGAUGACGUCCGAGAGCAUGGCCUCCGCAUGCGCCUCGUCAUCAAUGACCAGGAGGUGGCGGAUGUGACGUGGCGACCAAACGCGGGCAUGGAGUCGGAUGAAGGGAUUAGCCACCACUUCCAUGUUCCAGGAUUAGAAGACGGGGAGUAUGAGGCUACGUUCCUUCUGAUCAGCCUGGGGACCGGCAAGCAAGUUGGGCAGGAGGCGACGACACUCUUUGUUGUCGAGGAGGCCACAAAUUGCACAGAAACAUACGGACAGUAUCAAAGUCUUCAUGCUGUGCCUUCGCAGCAGGACAGCGGCAAGGUCUUGCUCAACGUUGCGAGAAACAAGAGUUCCUGGAUGUCUUGUGAAGCCCCGGGGCGAGAAGCCAAGCAUGCCAACGACGGGAGCAUGAUGGUCAGCCAAGUGAUCGACUGGCGAGCCGAAACUUGCAACGGCAAGAGGACUGAGCACGGAGUGUGGUGGGAGGUCGACCUAGGAGAGAGCACAGAGAUUGAGCUGAUAGACAUUCUGGAGGGGCAGCGACCGGCUGCGAGGGGAUCGUAUCCUCCCAUCCUGGCUGCCGUGCAGCCGCUCCUGCCCCUGCGAGUCUCUAUUCUGAGCUCAGACUGGUCUGAGGUGAAAACUCAGACGUUGGACGCACAAACUCUGAAGGAGGAACUUUCUGCGUCGGGUGGUAGAGGGAUUUUCUCUUGGUUGGGUGUCUCAGCGACUGGUCGAUAUGUGCGCCUGGAGGCUUUGGAGGCAGAGGGCAUGGUGGCAGUCUUCAGCUCUGUGCGGUGGAACUGUUCCCGACACUGUCCUCCUCAGUUUGGCUCUUGUCCUCCAACGGAUCCCGUCCUCGGGCAGUGCGUGUGCAAGCCCAACAGGAUCGGCAUCGACUGCUCGACUCACCUCCUAACGGACCAUCUUUUUCUACCUCCCUAUCGACAUCCGCAGGACACAUCAGCAUGGGACCACCAGGAGUUUGAGGAAGCUCUGAGGGAGGUCGCAGCUUCUCAGGGCUCAGGAUCCUGCACUGCUCCUGCUGCUCUUGUCAUGGGGUACCAUCCAGGAGGGCUGACGGCAUCCCUGAGCCUGAUCGCCUCGAUGCUGUCCUUGUCCUUCGCUCUCAACAAGAAGAUGCUCCUGUGGAGGAAAGCUGAGGUGGAAGAGAGUGACAACACGCGCAGUGUCCAGCCCUUCGCCUGGGUCCCUCCCAAGUAUCAGUCGAAGGAGCUCGCGCAGGAGCUCGACAUCGACGGGAUGAUGAAGCGCCUGGGCCUGUUGGAUGGACCUUUCAUCGGAGUGCAUGUCCGGCUGGGGGACUCGUGUGUCAAGUGGAAGGAGUUGUUCAACGGAGACUGCCUCUCUUUAGACGAGCACAUUUCGCACACCAAGUUCCUCUCGGAUAGAUAUCACGUCCAGAAAGUUUUCGUAGCGUCUGAUGACCCGCACGCGCUCGAUCACUUCAAGCAGAAGCUUCCAAGCCUACACGUGGUGGCUGUGGACAAAUAUCGAAGUCUGCUGGAGGAGAUGGAAAAGACCAAGAACGAGUGGACGGAGAAUCGGCUGAGGAAAGGAGAGCUUCCUCGCAGCCUGCUGCUUCGCUCCACCUUGACCGACUUGAUCCUCCUCGCCAAGGCAGCCUUCUUUGUGGGGCAUAUGGCCUCCAACCUAUCGAGACUGGCCUACUCGCUCGCCGUCGCCAUGUCGUCGGGUAGACUGAUCCCCUUCCUGAGUGUUGACGGGCCCUGGUGUUAUCACUGGCAACUCUGCUGUGACGUGGACGCGGACGGGCUGUCGCACAUCCUCACCGAAUCAAUUACGAAGAUACGAGGGCAGUUAGGGAACAGAGUAACGGCCGGUGAGGGUAUGCGAGCUCAAGACAAGAUGAAGCGACGAGGGAGCCAGCAGGGGUCCAGCAGGUCGCUUGUCAAGAGACGAGGAAGCCUAUACGUUGAACGAGGCAACGAGGUCUGGUCCUUCAACGAGCAGUUCCUUCAGUCGGCCUCCUGCAGACCGCUGAAUCAGGAAGCAGAGGAAGAGGAGGACGGUAGUCUGAAGCAGUUGAAGAUGAGGAUGGACACAGCAGACAUGCUUGAGGCGCAUUCUUUGCUCUACCUUGUCAUCAAGCGCCUCUUUGUUGUGUGCGCUGAUACCCACAGCGAUGCCGGUUGGAUCUGUACGGACCCCAAGUACUGCGACAUGCUGGCCCGCGCGGUCUUGGAGGAGUCUGACUGGGCGUCUCUCAAGCUCCUGCUGAGCGACCUCAAGUUCGUGUGGAAGCUGCUGCAUGUGCAGGGAUGCGCCCACGUCUUCUCCCUCCUGUCGCGGUCGCUCCUGGCCAUGCAGCACGACAACAUGCAGCGAUCGCACGUGCAAGACUUCGCCGACUUCCUCAUCAAGCACAUGCAGCUCCUUGCCAAGGACGCAAGCAUGCUAUUCCAGAUCGCCUCGACGACCAAGAAGGCAGGGGUCAAGCUCGCGUACGAGGUUCAGAUCAGCAAGUGCCGAAGCAUGAUCGCCAGCUGGAAGAAGCGGAUCCUCAAGAACCUUUCAGCUGGGAACAGGUGGCGCUCACGUGAGCGAAGACGCUCAGUGUUCUCGUCUCUAGAGAAUCACAAGCUUCUGUUCGGGACCUCGGCGCUUUUGGACGUGAGGACGAGAAUCCUGGACCUCCAUAAGAGCGGCUUGUACGAGAGCUUCGAGUCGGAGCUGCAGGAGGACGUGGAUCUGAUCUACCGGAUCGUCAACUAUCGGAUCCACUCAAACAAGAGCAUCAUGAAGCACCGGGGCAUCCAGAGCUUCGAGGCUGAGAAUCGAGAGCUCCUCUUGCUCGACAGCUCGGCGUUUUGCUUGCAAGACUCUCAAAACUUCCUCAAGUUUGUGUCACUGUGGACCGAGGCUGACUCCAACGAGUUUCUCACUUUUGACAUGGCGAUACCUGAGGCGAUAUUCCGAGACGACAAGAAGCGUCGCAUGUUCUUCAAGGACGUCUGUUGUCAAGUCUCCGAGGUCGGGCUCAUCCAGACGCCGCUCGUGGACCUAGUCUUCCAGCAGGAGUCUCACCUAGCUGAAGCUGAGCACGGGGUGCAGGGAAGAGCCAUCAUCAGCAUACUGGAGCAAGUGACCAUCCUAGAAGUGACGGUACUGCGAGCCAACAACCUGCCUGUCUCCGACAAGCUCUCCAAGUCCACGAGGUGUAUCGGUCUGCAGCUCAAGAACAGCCCUCUGAUGAAGAAGGAUCAGCUUGGAAUCCUCGCGCAAGAGGCGGCAGAGCACGUGCAUGUGGCUGAGUUCCAUUCGCUGGACUUCAAGAAGCUCUCGGACCCGCACUAUGAUCGACGCUUCGACCUGCUCAUCUACGACGACAAGCAGGAGCUCCACCUGACCUGCUACGACGAGGACAAGAGCGGGCCCAAGGCUCUGUUGGGGGAGGUGACGCUAAGGGUGGAGGAGAUCGUGUCGGAGUGCCGGGAGAUGGAGCACGAGACAGUCUCUGCCUCCUUCCUCCUCAACAAGCCCGGCACUUACCGAGUGAUCCACCACGAGCUCCUGGACGACCCGAGUCAGGUUGGGUACGCCCAGGUGUUUCUCAGCUUCCGCGUCUCUUCUCUUCAGUCGCACGUGCAGCCGGAAAAGGCAGCAAGAGAGGCGCUGAGUCACAUUCGCUCGGGGACUUCGAGGCUGCGGCUGGGAUACUCGCUCAUGGGACACGCGUCGGACCUCUCCUCCUCCUGGCAGUCCAUCGAGAUCCACCUCCUCUGCAACCGGCAGGAGAUGCUGGCUGAGCGCCUGCUGCUCGAGCGGUUUGUGUUCCCGUCACUGGCAGUGCGAUGUCUCUCUCGCCGCGUGAUCUUCCGCUCCUCGGAGGUGCGAGGCAACGAGGCGAUCAAGUCUGUGAACCUCGAGGACUCUGCGACCGUCUCUAAGAUCCUCCUCUGCCUCCUCGGCGAGAAACUCGAUGAGCCUUGUGAGGCCGACAGCGACGAGUCAGCCCAAGACAUGGACGAGGCGCCUGCUCGGUCGCUUGAGCGGCACAUCCAAGCCCUGGUGCUCAAGCAGACUGUCGACCCUCAUUCUGUGAUAUGCCUCCGCGACCCCUCGUUCCUCGAGGAGCAAGACUUCAUCCGCAACGUGUCGCAGCACAUUCGCUUGCAGUACGUCGAGACGAGCAACGACGAGCGAGAGAGGAUGAUGAAGAUCAAGCAGCAGCUUGUCCGUCGCUUCCCGAGGAACGUCAUCUCCUACUCCCCUCGUUUCAGACGCUAUCUCCCCCCAGCUCUUGCCGCCAGCUGGUCUGCUCCCGGCGGCUGCCUCGACCUGGCCGGGCUGGAGGAGAUGGGCCUCAACAUCUUCCGCGACCUGUGGCUGCAGAUAAAGAAGAAGCAUCCGCUCCCUUCCUCUCAUGCCUCGCAAGCUGAGUCCCUGCUGGACAAGAGCAGUCAGGCAGCAAAGGUCAGCACCUACAAGGAGUCCAUCGCCUCCUUCCCCCUCGACGGGUCCCAGCAGGCGAUCUUGGAGCAGAUGAAGAAGUUCGCAGACUUCAUGAGCCCCUCGGACGCGCUCUCGCUCGUGCUCACGGGGCCGAUGGGCUGCGGCAAGUCAACGGUCAUGUCAAAGUUGAUCGUUGACAUGCAGAUGGAAAGACGCCGGGAGAGUUUGCAUGAGGCGCUUCAGAGCGCGUUCAGUGUAAAGAAGAAGAAACUCAAGUCUGCCGUCCAAGCGGUCAUGGCGCUAAACCGCAUGAACCUAUUUGGGAUGCAGACAGGCGGUGGUGCCCCAGAGGAGAAGAAGGAGCAGGAGCAGGAGCAGGAGCAGGAGCAGGAAGGAAUGAAGGAAUGGAACGGGAAGUGGAAAGGAAAGGAGUUGGAGAAGGUUAUCAACUUCGUCGAUGCUUGUCUGACACAGGGGAAGGGGAUCGACGACAUCGAGUUUCUGCUUCACAAGAGCAUGAUGAUUUAUUUUUUCAAGGCUCCCUCCUCCUCCUCCUCCUCUUCCUCCUCUUCCACGCCUUCCUCGUCCCUCUCCAGUAUGCUCUCUUACCUCUGCUCGGCUCUUUUGAAGCGUCAGGAUUGGACUAGCCCCAGCUGGGAGAGGCUGCGGGAGGUGCUGGGAAUGGUGAUCUCGAGGAGCAAUGGGGAUGGAGAGGCGGCAGGCAGCCCAGUCCUUCUCCUGCUGGACGGGAUCAGCGCUGCAGAGGCUGUGCGGGUGAACGAGGUGGUGCAGGCGUUGGAAGGGAAGGUGCGGGCGAUCAUGACGGUGGAGGGAUGCACGUACGGGGAGCUGAAGGAGCUCACGAGAAGGAGGGCGACGGUGACGAGCAUCGCAGAGAUGCAGGAUGCUGAGAAGACCUCGAUCAUGCUGGGUCUGCUACGAAGAGCAGGACUAUUCCGGUCCUUCAGGGGGAACGUGGAUGUCCAGGGGUUGAAGACCCCCCUCCACCUCCAGCUCAUGGUCAGCUAUUGGUACAUUUGCGACCUUUACAACGUGGAGCCCAAGUCGAAGAGGGAGCUGGGAAUGUCAGAGCUGGACCUGCUGCUGGACGAUUACUUCCCUCUGAUGGAGAGGCACAUCGAUCCCCGGCAGCUCAGAGUCUUCUGGAUGCUGAUGAUGCAGUUCUCAGCUGCCGGUAGCAACUACCAGCUGCAUGACCUUCGGUUCAUCCUCCAGCACUGCUGCUCAGGCUUCACUGAAGAGAGUUUCCGACGCCUCGUCGACUCCGUCCUCCCCCUCUGCGAGCAAUCCUACCUCCGCUCUCACAACAGCAUCAAGUUCGAGCGACGCUGCGUCGUCGAGGCCGUUCACCGGCGGUACCUCCAAGAGGCAGCGCCAGACCAGCAGCUGUCGAUGAGGAUGAGAGCACAAAUGACAGCAGAGGAGCGAGAGAGCGAGAGAGCGAACAAGAGGAUGGUGAUAGAUCGUCACCUGUACAGAAGGAUCCCUGGCAGACUUCAAGGAGCAGGAGCAGGAGCAGGAGCAGGAGCAGGAGCAGGAGCAGGAGGUUCAGCUCAGAGUCGGAGGUGGAGGAAGAGUGACUUGAUGAAGCUGGUGCGAAUUGAGGGGCUGGUGCCGACCUGGUUCACCAGGAGGGAGUGCGAGCGAGUCUUCAAGGAGUGCAGUCACGUGUACCCCACCAGCUUCUCCUUCGAGCGCCUGGACCACCAACUAGACUUCUACUCCUUCAUGCAGUGCUUCUCCAAGCUUGCCGCACUGUACACUGCCCGACUCUCCUCCUACCUCCUCGAGCACGAGCAGGCUUGUCUCUGCCUCCAACGAGCCGUUCGCAGGAGGAGGAGGAGGAGGAAAGCGUGGGAGCGAGCGGCUCGAGAGCACGGGGGGAGGACGAGUCGAGACUUCAGCCAAGCUGAGUUUCAGCUCAUAGUCAAGCUGCAGGCUAUGGUGAGAGCGUGGAAUGGGGUGCGGGAGUACAAAAGGCGCAGCGCGAGGACGCAGAGGAGCAAGCGAGGGGCCGAGAGGUCGGUGAACCUGGUCUAUGCCAAGAGAGCUCGAGGAGGAGAGCUGGGGAGGCUGCAGGAGGCAAUGCGAGAGAACUUUGAGAGCUGUCUGCAUGCCUUCGUCUUCCUGGACCUGGAGGGCUCAGACCGAGUCAGCAGGAGCGACUUCGUGCAAGGGCUCUCCCGUCUUGGGUUUCAAGUCUCGCUCGAGGUCGCUGGGAGAAAUGCAAGUUCGUCCCUCGGGUGA